AUGCCAAUGCUAACCCAUCAGCCAAUUAGUUUAACUCAAUCCGUUCAAGCUUUAAGCACUAGCCUUCAAGCCAUUCAACCCUCGAAUUCCGAAGCUACCCAAUUAAUUACUUAUACUUUAAUCGGAGUUGCCUUAGUCGGAAUGAUGGUUUAUCAUUAUAUUAAGCACCAGGAGGCGCCUACUAUUGAGAGUAAAAGUGUUGAAUAUAAAGCUUUAAUCCAAGCAAACUUUGCCCACGGGGUCAAAACCCAAAAAGCCAUUGUAGCGAUUGCUUUAGCGAUUUUUUUGUUAUUGGCUCUAGCGUUCUUUUGGCCUGAUAAGCCCAAUGGUGUUCAAUGGAAAUAUCUGGCUUUGGGAACCUUAAUCAGCUACACGGUGCCUUCUGCUUUAAGCUUUAAAGUCCAAAAAUAA